AACAACAUCACGUCUUUUUUUCCCCGUGUGCUGCAAAAAUUCAUCAUGUCCCCUCAAACCAAGAACAAGACCAAAACUACGAUUUUCUCUCCUCGAAUGUCGAGAAAACCUCCUUUCACAGCAGAAGUGCAAGGGAUUCCUCAAGUGCCUGGUGAAUCCAUCCCCCGUCGCAAUAUCCGAUACCCAGAACUUCUUUUUCAGCCAGAAUCAGGCAUUGAGACGGUUUUUGAUAUCGUACAGCAGAGCUCUCGUCGAUUUGGGAUGCUACAGCUCUGGGGUCAAGAAAACUAAUCAAGAAACACGAGGAGAGCAAGAAGGUAAAGAAAAUUAUCGAGGGACAAACACAGGGAGUAGAUAAAGUAUGGACUUAUUUUGAAAUGAGCAGGUAUGAGUAUAUAAGCUAUAGGGAAUAUAAAGCUAGGGUAUUGAAUGUAGGUGCGGGAUUGAGGAAACUGGGAUUAGUCAAGGACGACCGGGUUCAUCUUUUUGCAACGACGAGGUAAUCGCCAUGUUGUGACGUUUGAGAUUCAAGCUUAUCGUAAAUUCAGUGCUCACUAGCUCCCAAUCGCUCACAGUUCAAUGUCCCAGUCUAUGCCUAUCGUCACUGCAUACGAUACUCUUGGCGGCGAAGGGCUCCGUCAUUCCCUCAUACAAACGAAAGCCAAGGCCAUAUUCCCAGAGCCACAGCUCCUUAAAACUUUACUUGAUUCUCUCGAGGACUUGAAGCAUAUCAGAUAUGUGAUAUACAACACAGAUGGCGAUUCAGAGUUCAGAACUUCCAUUAUCAACUAUCAAAGAACUGAAGAAGAGUCACAGCCACCUCACACUUUUGAGCUACGAAGAGCUAAUAGAUUUGGGACAUUUACAUCCCAUCGAAGCUGUGCCACCUAAAACUGAGGAUCUUUGCUGCAUCAUGUACACAUACGGAUCAAGUGGUACUCCGAAAGGCGUAUCUCUAAAGCAUAAGAACGUUGUAGCCGCCAGUUAGUGUUCCUAUUCCCUGGAAUUCCCCAAACUAACUUCGUUAUAGUUGCAGGAGCAAAUAGCAUCGUAGGUGAUUAUUUAGGUCCCUCGGAUACGCUUCUAGCAUACCUACCCCUCGCUCACAUCUUCGAAUUCGUAUUUGAAAACGCAUGUCUGUACUGGGGUGCCCUAAUGGGAUACGGUCAUCCCAGAACUCUCUCCGAAACCUCCAUGAAAAACUGCAAGGGUGAUAUCCGGGAACUAAAACCCACUCUUUUAGUGGGUGUACCAUCAGUAUGGGAGACCGUCAAAAAAGGUGUAAUUGCCAACGUGAAUAAAGGUAGACCAGUUGUCCGUAGUUUAUUCUGGAGUGCUUUCUACACUAAAGGAUUACUCUCCACAACCGGCUUACCCAGUCCAGCUAUUUUAGAUGCAAUUAUCUUUAACAAAGUCAAACAAGCGACAGGUGGAAGAUUGAGGUUCUGUCUAAACGGUUCAGGUCCCAUAUCUCAACAAACCCAAGAAUUUAUCUCUCGGACCAUCACAACCAUGAUUUCCGGUUAUGGAUCCACAGAAACUACCGCGUUAGCAACCCCAAUGCAUACACAUAUGUGAAAAAAAGUUUACUGACGUUCCACCAGCAUGGGCGCAAUAUGCGACCCCCUCUCCUUCACCCUCCAAGCCGGCGAUAUCCCUGCCUGCAUCGAAAUAAAACUCGUUGAUUUUCCCGACGCAGGCUAUGUUGCCACGAACACUCCUCAACAAGGAGAAAUCUGGAUUCGUGGUCCUAGCGUCAUGUCCGAAUACAACGAUAACGUCAUUGAAACAAACGAGGCGCUAACUCUGGAUGGAUGGUUCAAGACUGGGGAUAUUGGUGAAUGGGAUAAGAAUGGACAUUUGAAGAUUAUCGAUCGAAAGAAAAACUUGGUCAAGACCAUGAAUGGAGAGUAUAUUGCAUUGGAAAAGGUAUACUUGCCGUCAUACCUUACAGAUAUUCGUAUGCUGUGCUAAUAAUAGCUCAAUAGCUAGAAUCAGUCUAUCGAGCCGCAGCCAUAGUAGCAAAUAUAUGCGUUUACGCAUCGAUCACUGAAACACACCCCAUCGCAAUCAUCGUCCCUGCCGAGCCGGCUCUCAAAAAGCCCGCCCAGUCACUGGGAGUAGGAAGGUCAUGGUAUCGAUGAUCUCGUGCACAAUGAAUCCAUUCGUCGUGAGGUAUUGAAGCAGUUGCAGGCCAUAGGGAAAAGAUCUGGAUUAGCCAGUAUGGAAAUAAUUCAAGGUGUUGUAUUAGCAGAUGAGGAAUGGACAACCAUCAAUGUGAGUGUAAAUUUUCAUCUUCCGUGUUCUAUGUAAGGAUCAAACAAAAACAAAUACAAAAUAAAGACAAAAAACAUACAACAGUGGGGAUUCGCUGGUGGUCACCCACCCAACUACUAAUCCACCGAUCUGAAGCUUGUGUAUGGCAGAGCGGACGGGAUGCCCAAUUCUCUUCAGUCUAUGGUCGUAUGUGACAAUGUAUCACUUGUUUGGAUAUAUGUUUAUAGGCCGGUGAAGUUGUGUGUGUGUGAAUUGAAUGAAGCUAACGAGAAACAGAAAUUAGUAACUGCAACCACAAAAUUGGAUCGAAAAGCGAUUUUUGAGAGAUAUAAGAAGGAUAUUGAUAUAGCGUAUAGGAAUGGGAAUAGUAAUGGAAAUGGUAGUGGAAAUGGAAAGUAAUUUUUUCAUGAUUGGGAGAAUUCAAGAUGAGAAGAUGAGAUGCAAGAUGAGAGCAGGCAAGAUCUCAGGAAUACUAGCUUAUAGAUAGAUCCGCACCUUUUCGAAAUGGAUUUUUCAUAUGUGUAACCGGUUGUUAUACCGAAUAAGGUUAUCUCAUUAGUAGUC